CGAACUUCAUGGCCGUACACAACUACCAUUUUGCAAUCAGAAUAUCUCUUGUUCAAUGCCGCAUACCGGAGUAGACGAUAUGGCUCGUUUCACCAAGCUUGUGAUUGUGUUACUUUUGAUCAACAUAGCAGUGACAUAUUUGGUGUUGCUGACUCGAAAUGCUUCUACUGGACCGGACAGAUUUAACAUAGACACGGACACUGUGAUAAGAAAUAACUACGAAGAAACGACCAUGCAAAGUCAAGAUCAAACAGCAUCUAACCACCGUGAUCCAUAUGGAGAAAAUCAUCACAACAGCAACAACACUUAUCUACACUCGGAAGACAAUGUAAACGUAUUAGUCCUAGCCAGCAUGAGAACUGGUUCGUCAUUCGUUGGGGAAAUAUUCAAACAAAACAAGGAAUUCUUGUAUAUUUUUGAGCCGUUACGGGGGUUAAACCUGAAAGACGAUGACCCAAUGUUACCUGUACUCGGCUUAGAAAUGAUGAAUGAUAUGUAUAACUGUAAUUUCUCGACACCAGCAACGAAUGCCUUCUUAGACAAGUUAUACAAUGCAAGAGUUCCGCUCGGCAAAAGAGAUGUUGUCAGCGCAUGGGUAAAUAAAAAGUACUGCACUGGCUGGAGUCAAAAGUUUCAAUUCUUUAAUAGGUGUCUUAACUUGAAUUCAGACACAGCAGAAGAGUCAUGUACUUCGUUCAAGUAUAAAGCAAUAAAAAUCAUUCGACUUCACGAUUUGAAUUCAUUCGUUUACCUGGUGAGAGACCCGAAAGUAAACCUGAAAAUCAUAAACGUGUUAAGAGAUCCGAGAGCAAUGAUGGCUUCCGUUAUUCCAAUAGCAAUUCAUAACUACAAGGCCUUUACGAAGGAGAAAACUAAUUUCGUCUUAAAAAAAGAUCAAUUAUCUCCAGAAAGUUUACAGCGGCUGAAAACAUAUUGCGCAAUGGGAAUGAGAAAUUACUUACUCGGCACUAAAGGGAAACGUGUACUAGGAAACAGUUAUUUUCACGUUCGAUACGAAGAUAUGGCAUCUGACCCGGAAAAGAUAGCACUACAGAUUUACGAGUUCUUAGGGAUAGAGUUUCCUCAGCGGGUAAGUGAAUGGAUUCAGGAAAACACGAACGAGGACAUGACAGAGCAUGCGCUGUAUGCGUUCAAAACAAAAAGGAAUUCGAAAGAAACAUCGCAGAAAUGGAGACAUCGUCUGAAUUAUGAUCUUGUGGAAGAAAUCGAAAAUACGGGAGAGUGUGCUCGAUUUAUGGAAGUGAUGGGAUACAGAAAAGCCGAGAGUCAACACAUGUUAUCUAAUAUGUCAAUACCAUUCGUUUUAUAAGUACUGGAGGAAUCAUCGUGACCGUACUUGUUCUGCCAGUGUUCACUGACUGAUGUUGACUUUCCAGACCUAGCCCGCGACUCGUUUUCGUCAUGUCAAAUGCGUUAUGUAUCUAUGGUUUCAAUGUAAAACAGUAAAUCGAUUCCAUAGCUCGGCUCCUGACAAUGACACAAUUGUCGUCAACAUUUAUUUCUUGUGUUAUAACUCAAUUUUAUCGAACACAAUUUUUGGGACAUGUGUGAUUUGGCUUUUCAUCAUAGCAUCCUAUUAAACACAUUUCAUUUUAAGGACGAUGACGCAGUUCAUGUGCGUAAUUAAGUCACCAUACAUUUGUAUCUUGAUUUUGUUAACAACAUCACCAAAUAAAAACGCAUCAUGAAAAUUAUCUGUAUAUUAUAAGUAACAUUAUCAUGCUGUUUUUCAAACGUAGGCUUAAUUGACUAUUGGUGACGUGAUGUGUGCAGCCUCGGAUGCAUUUCCGCUAUUUUGUAAAAUAUUUUUAUUUGCUUAUUUAUCCACUCUAAAAGAACUAUGCGACGCAUUAUUAUAAAAAUAGAUCCGCUGUUAAAUACACAGAUUACGGUACUUGUAUAGACCUAUUAACUUUUAAUUGCUUCACUUUAACUUUUAUUUCUAUUUCUGAUUAUUAUAAUAAUUUUGA